AUGGCCUGCUGCGGGUCCCGGGCGGUACAGCUGGCUGUGCUGCUGGCGGUUCUGGCAGUUAUUAUCCAGUUACUGCGGGGCUGGAUCAACAGCAAGAACUACACCUUUACCAAGGAGGAGAUAGCUGGCCUGGCCAAGGAGUACUCAGGUAAUAAUAUAAUAUAUACUGGGUCUAGCCAAGAAGUACUCAGGUAAUAAUAUAUACCGGGUCUGGCCAAGAAAUACUCAGGUAAUAAUAUAAUAUAUUCCGGGUCCAGCCAAGGAGUACUCAGGUAAUAAUAUAAUAUAUACCGGGUCUGGCCAAGAAAUACUCAGGUAAUAAUAUAAUAUAUACCGGGUCUGGCCAAGAAAUACUCAGGUAAUAAUAUAAUAUAUACCGGGUCUAGCCAAGAAGUACUCAGGUAAUAAUAUAAUAUAUACCGGGUCUAGCCAAGAAGUACUCAGGUAAUAAUAGAAUAUAUACCGGGUCUAGCCAAGAAGUACUCAGGUAAUAAUAGAAUAUAUACCGGGUCUGGCCAAGAAGUACUCAGGUAAUAAUAGAAUAUAUACCGGGUCUGGCCAAGAAGUACUCAGGUAAUAAUAGAAUAUAUACCGUGUCUGGCCAAGAAGUACUCAGGUAAUAUAUACCGGGUCUAGCCAAGAAGUACUCGGGUAAUAAUAUAUACCGGGUCUAGCCAAGAAGUACUCAGGUAAUAAUAUAUACCGGGUCUGGCCAAGGAGUACUUGGGUAAUAUAAUAUAUAGCUGGCCUGGCCAAAGAGUACUCAGGUAGUAAUAAUAUAUACCGGGUCUGGUCAAGGAGUAUUCAGGUAAUAAUAUAAUAUAUAGCUGGCCUGGCCAAGAAGGACUCAGGUAAUAAUAUAAUACAUACCGGGUCUGGCCUAGGAGUACUCAGGUAAUGACAUAAUAUAUACCGGGUCUAGCCAAGGAGUACUCAGGUAAUAAUAUAUACCAGGUCUGGCCAAGGAGUACUCGGGUAAUAAUAUAAUAUAUACCGGGUCUGGCCAAGGAGUACUCGGGUAAUAAUAUAUACCGGGUCUAGCCAAGGAGUACUCAGGUAAUAAUAUAAUAUAUACCGGGUUUGGCCAAGGAGUGCUCAGGUAAUAAUAUAUACCGGGUCUGGCCAAGGAGUACUCGGGUAAUAUAAUACAUAGCUGGCCAGGCCAAGGAGUACUCAGGUAGUAAUAAUAUAUACCGGGUCUGGCCAAGGAGUAUUCAGGUAAUAAUAUAAUGUAUAGCUGGCCUGGCCAAGAAGGACUCAGGUAAUAAUAUAAUUUGUACUGGGUCUGGCCAAGGAGUACUCAGGUAAUAAUAUAAUGUAUAGCGGGCUUGCCCAAAGAGUACUUGGGUAAUAAUAUAAUGUAUAGCCGGCUUGCCCAAGGAGUACUCAGGUAAACAUAGAAUGUAACGGCAGAUAAGAACCAUUCGGCCCAUCUAGUCUGCCCAGUUUUCUAAAUACUUUCAUUAGUCCCUGGCCUUAUCUUAUAGUUAGUAUAGCCUUAUGCCUAUCCCACACAUGCUUAAACUCCUUUGCUGUGUUAACCUCUACCACUUUAGCUGGAAGGCCAUGCAUCCACUACCCUCUCAGUAAUAAUAUAAUGUAUAGCCGGCUUGCCCAAGCAGUACUCGGGUAAUAAUAUAAUGUAUAGCCGGCUUGCCCAAGCAGUACUCGGGUAAUAAUAUAAUGUAUAGCCGGCUUGCCCAAGCAGUACUCGGGUAAUAAUAUAAUGUAUAGCCGGCUUGCCCAAGGAGUACUCGGGUAAUAAUAUAAUGUAUAGCCGGCUUGCCCAAGCAGUACUCGGGUAAUAAUAUAAUAUAUAGCCGGCUUGCCCAAGCAGUACUCGGGUAAUAAUAUAAUGUAUAGCCGGCUUGCCCAAGCAGUACUCGGGUAAUAAUAUAAUGUAUAGCCGGCUUGCCCAAGCAGUACUCGGGUAAUAAUAUAAUGUAUAGCCGGCUUGCCCAAGGAGUACUCGGGUAAUAAUAUAAUGUAUAGCCGGCUUGCCCAAGGAGUACUCGGGUAAUAAUAUAAUGUAUAGCCGGCUUGCCCAAGGAGCACUCGGGUAAUAAUAUAAUGUAUAGCCGGCUUGCCCAAGGAGUACUCAGGUAAACAUAGAAUGUAACGGCAGAUAAGAACCAUUCGGCCCAUCUAGUCUGCCCAAUUUUCUAAAUACUUUCAUUAGUCCCUGGCCUUAUCUUAUAGUUAGGAUAACCUUAUGCCUAUCCCACACAUGCUUAAACUCCUUUGCUGUGUUAACCUCUACCACUUUAGCUGGAAGGCCAUGCAUCCACUACCCUCUCAGUAAUAAUAUAAUGUAUAGCCGGCUUACCCAAGCAGUACUCGGGUAAUAAUAUAAUAUAUAUUUAAUUAACUUUAUACCUGUCCAUGUACUCAGUAUUUUUGCAUGUCUUCUGUUCUGACAAGCGACAGUGUAGCGAGAUAAGGAACUGCGCUCAAAGUCCAGAGUUUGACUUCAAUGUGUACCUGAUAAGAAACAAUCUGCCAUGAUUGUACCCAGAGCCACCUACCUUUAUAUUCAGGAAGGCUUAAAGGGACACUGAAGGCACCGUAUCUGCUACACCUCAUUGAAGUAGUUAUAGUAUCUGGUGUCCGUUUUAUUAAGGGUUAAUGCUGAGUCCCCAGCAGCCAAUCCCCUCAGUGCUGCUUGGGUUCAUUAGGAAGAUUAACCUGAGCAGCAAUGGGAGGCACGCCUCCAGUGGGAGCGGAGCUAAGAGAAGCCUCAUUUAGUGUUGAACUGCUCGAAAAUGGUUUAACUCUGGAGGGACAGCGCCAGGAAACUGCAGGCACUAUAACCACGUCAAUUAGAUGAUAAUUAGUAUCUACAGUGUCCAUUUAAUUUAAAGGACCACUACAGGCACUUAGACCACUUCAGCUUAAUGAAGUGGUCUGGGUGCCAGGUCCAUCUAGGAUUAACCCUUUCUGCUGUAAACAUCAGAAACUGCUAUGAAAACUUCAGAGAAACUGCUAUGUUUACCCAUGGGUUAAUCCAGCCUCUAGUGGCUGUCUCACUGACAGGCGCUUCCGCGCUUCUCACUGUGAUUUUAACCGUGAGAAGACGCCAGCGUCCAUAGGAAAGCAUUGAGAAUGCCUUCCUAUGGACUGGCUGCAUGCGCAUUCAGCGAUGACGGGGAAAGGAGGGGGAGAGUCCACGGCGCUGGAAAAAAAGUAAGGGAUUAACCCCUUCCUCACCCUAGAGCUCGGCGUGAGGGGGACUCUAUAGAGCCAGAAAAACAAGAGUGUUUUCCUGGCACUAUAGUGGUCCUUUAAAGUAGAGAUUCUGAAUUGUUUUAUUAUACAGCAGACACAGCUGUUAUUUCUGUGCAUUGCAUUGUCUAUUCGUAUAGCCUCUACCUCUGUCCAUGGCUCUUGCAGUUCUCUGGAGGGGAAUACUAAUCUGGCCUAAAAGAGGAACGUGUCCAUUGCAUGUACCUCAGCAACUCGCUGUGACCCUAUGGGCUCCCUAAUGGGGUGUGUGCACCACUUGCGGUGAUCUGGGCCAUGUGUGGGGUUGUAUGAGCCGCAUGUCCUGACUGGAUAGAUGUGAAUUCCUAUGUCCUGCUCUCGGUGCCACCCGGGUCCUAGCAGGGUGCCCGUUCCACUGUGGCUGGAAGUCUUUUAAUAUCUCUCUCUCCCAGGUCUAGAUUAUGAAGUCGCUUUCUCCAAGAUCAUCAUUGAGCUGAGAAAGAAGCACCCGGGGCACAUACUGCCAGAUGAGGAUCUCCAGUGGGUGUUUGUUAACGCUGGCGGAUGGAUGGGUUCCAUGUGUCUCCUUCACGCAUCUCUCACAGAGUAUGUGCUGCUCUUCGGGACGGCUAUAGAUACCAGCGGACACUCAGGUGAGUGCGAUUGUAAGGAAACCUAGUAUAUUCAAUCCUCAUUCGGUAGUUUCCUCCCGAACCGCCAGAGCAUCAGUGAGUAUAGCUCUCCGUUCGGAAGAUGAAAUAGACGAAAUCCAUACGAAUACAAAUAGCUUUAUAAGAUAAUUCCCUUAAUAAAGCAUAUGAAUCCCCAAACAUCAGCCGAAGUCAAGAAGAACGGUACCACAGAACUGGCUUUUAAUGACCACACACAGGCUUUAUGCAAGUCCCCAUGCAAGGGGACAUGCCACAGGAAGGGACACAGUAUAACCAAUCAGUUACAGUAAAACCGUAAAACACACCCAGCACAAACAUACAAUUCCCUCCCCUAGUCCUGGAGAUAAUCAAGUCUGAUAAAGUAAUAACUUGAUUAUCUCCAGGCAGAAAAAUCACAAUUUUCUCCCAUAUUCAGAACACCCCUUUAUACAUGAGUAUCCCCACAAAUAAUAGGUCCCCUGAUAGCCCUGAUCUGGGUGACCAACAUAUUCAAAUUUUACCCGGAUCGGUUCAGGGGUUCUCAAAAAGUGUGGAAGUCCUUUGUAACCGGCUAACCGCAAGCUGGCUGCCCAAAAUAGUUCCAGGAGUUUGGGUGGUUUUGCCGGUCUAUUCAGUAAAGGGGUAAAAACCGAAUAAUUCCAUGAAUGGAUUGCCCUGGCUCUUAGCAGCGAUUGUUCCCCUAAUUCGACUGCACAAAAGUACCGAAUAGCGCUCUUCUAGCUAUUCGGGAAAUAGAGAUCCAGCGUUCGCUUGUUGAGACCGGUGUUCGGGUAGUCGAGCGUCCAAUUUUAGUUCCAGAUGCUUGACGACCAAGUCCCGCUGCCUUUGUUCGCCUGAAAAAAGAUGGCCGCCGUUUUCUCAGCCACGUGGCGUUCUGUAGUACGAACGCUGGCCGCACAGAUAGAGGGUUCAAUUGAAGCAUUCUUUGAAGUUUAACGAGCCAGGGGGGUGGUCUCUGUUCGGUAGUUAUAUCUACCGAAUGAAUAUGGAAGAAAUAUUCUACAUAGAGAGGGAUUUUUUCACAGCGAUAUUCUAGGUGGAUUGCCAUUCUGCAGAGCUGGAAGAAUGCUUUAUACAGGGUGCACAUUGCCAUGGUGCAGGGCUGGCAGGAUUCUUAUACAGGGUGCGCAUUGCCAUUCUGCUGGGCUGGAGAGAUCCUUAUGCAGGGUGCGCAUUGCCAUGGUGCAGGGCUGGCAGGAUUCUUAUACAGGGUGCACAUUGCCAUGGUGCAGGGCUGGCAGGAUUCUUAUACAGGGUGCGCAUUGCCAUGCUGCUGGGCUGGAGAGAUCCUUAUACAGGGUGCGCAUUGCCAUGCUGCUGGGCUGGAGGGAUCCUUAUACAGGGUGCGCAUUGCCAUGCUGCUGGGCUGGCGAGAUCCUUAUACAGGGUGCGCAUUGCCAUUCUGCUGGGCUGGAGAGAUCCUUAUACAGGGUGCGCAUUGCCAUGCUGCUGGGCUGGAGAGAUCCUUAUACAGGGUGCGCAUUGCCAUGCUGCAGGGCUGGAGAGAUCCUUAUACAGGGUGCGCAUUGCCAUGCUGCUGGGCUGGAGAGAUCCUUAUACAGGGUGCGCAUUGCCAUGCUGCUGGGCUGGAAGAAUGCGUUAUACAGGGUGCGCAUUGCCAUGCUGCAUGGUUGGGAGGAUCCUUAUGCAGGGUGCGCAUUGCCAUGCUGCUGGGCUGGAGAGAUCCUUAUGCAGGGUGCGCAUUGCCAUGCUGCAUGGUUGGGAGGAUCCUUAUACAGGGUGCGCAUUGCCAUGGUGCAGGGCUGGCAGGAUCCUUAUACAGGGUGCGCAUUGCCAUGCUACAGGGCUGGAGAGCUCCUUAUACAGGGUGCGCAUUGCCAUACUGCUGGGCUGGAGAGCUCCUUAUACAGGGUGCGCAUUGCCAUGCUGCAGGGCUGGAGAGCUCCUUAUACAGGGUGCGCAUUGCCAUACUGCUGGGCUGGAGAGCUCCUUAUACAGGGUGCGCAUUGCCAUGCUGCAGGGCUGGAAGGAUCCUGAUACAGGGUGCGCAUUGCCAUGCUGCAGGGCUGGAAGGAUCCUGAUACAGGGUGCGCAUUGCCAUGCUGCAGGGCUGGAGAGAUCCUUAUACAGGGUGCGCAUUGACAUGCUGCAGGGCUGGAGAGAUCCUUAUACAGGGUGCGCAUUGACAUGCUGCAGGGCUGGAGAGAUCCUUAUACUUUAGUUGGAACUAGCCCAUAUGGUCAUUACAUUGCUCUGAAAACUCAAUAAAAUUACAAACAGUCAUAUCAUAGCAGGCAACAUACAGUGCCUUAUUAUAACAUAAUUAAAUAUUUAAAAAUGGGUGGUGUAACGGCUACCCAGAUGGUGAGGGGGUAUCAGCCAUUGGAGACGUACUUUACUUGGCAAGAUGCUGUAUGAUAAUGGAGUUGUUCUUAUUCCCAUCCACGAGAUCCAAGGCUAGAAGCAGGCAUAGCUGGAAAAUGGAGCAGAGUAAUGGUGUAGUAAAUCCCCUUUCAAGAACGAGACGAGGCUACGUUUUGAAGGGUCAGGCAGAACUAACUUUUAUUGACAGGGGCUUUCCUUUUAUGCAAUUCUGCCCUUGGGAGGGCGACACCUACAUAAUUAGUACAGUACCCAAUCACAAACAUGGUACCACCCCCACGUCUCCUCCCCUCAGAUAAACAUUUAACAUAAUUAUUGUGCACACAUUUUUACCCAAGUUUUGGAUGUACCCCAAAAACAGGGGUAUCAUCCCAUUCGGCGAAAGCGUUCGGGAGUUAUGGAGCUUUAAAGUUUUGACCGACCGCACAGGCACACUGGCCGAAAAUAGUUCCAUAAGUUUUGGCCUUGCGGUCGGUCCCCGUUCGUGCGCUGAAAAAGCACAAAAAUCCUGCCAUCCGAAUAUAACUUAGUGUUCGCUGGAAUCCCCAUACACAAUAUAUCCUUUCUACCGAACGGCCGACCGUUCGGUAGUUUCAGCACGAAAUUACGUUAUGGAGGUCUCAGCUGUGUUCGCUUACUCGAGUGUCCGUUUUUAGUUCCAGACACUCAAUGGCAAAUCACCGCUGUUCGUACAUAAGAUGGCCGCGAACACGUGCAAAGUCCCGAAAUGGCGGCCACCUAGAUUUUACACAAAGGAUUCGUGCAGUUAUCAUGCGAACGGUAUGUGCCGGUCUGGGAGGUAAAAUACCACUUAACUACACAGCAGGGUGGUCCGGUGUUCGGCAGUUUGCAUUCGUUUUUAGGGCUAUAACAAUCCACAUCCACAGGCAAGUAUGCUCUUUUGUAUUCCCAGGCUUAUGUCUUGUUAAAUAGUUCCAGGCAGAGAUUAUAGUUCUGUUACAGGUGGGGAAGACUAUAAUUAACACAAAAUGUCUCUCCUGCAUGCAGAAUUAGUGAUAUGCAAAUCUACCCAAAUAUGCAAAUUACCAGUCUUGCUAUUCAGGUAGGGCAUAUUACUGUUACUACCAACAGAGGGCACUACGCGAGCUCCUUAGCCAAAUCCACCUAGUUGGUACCAAUCCUCAGCAGUACAGGAGAGCAGGAAAUACAUCCCAGGGGCCAUAGUCACAUGGCAGGAGGCUGGCAAUCCGCCUUCUCCAGUGGCGAGGCUGGUUCUGCCACAUUUCUCCCCUUUUCCAAACAGUCUAACAGGGUAUCUGACCUCCUGCCUGUCAGUGCCCUGGUUAGUCCAGCAACCCACCCACGAAGCACAAACCGUAAUACAGCCCACCCACAAUUCAUGGUUACUACACCUGGGUAAAAGAUUAGCUCGUCCAGGUGCCUCACCACGGCUGUGUGGGUUGCUGAGUGGGCAGAGACCCGCGAUACUCUGUCCUGGUGCCAGCGCUACCACAGGAGUAGCCUGGUUGGAGCCAUGCUGAAAAGAAGAGUUGGUAGGCUCCUCUCUCGGGAUCUGGGUUUACGGCAUUCAUAUGCUUCUCCGGUUCGGUGGAUUGGUUUCUACAGUAGCUGCCUGUAAAUCUGGAAGGGGAAUAUCUACUGAACGGCUUUAACCCCUUUUAUGCCUGGGGGUGCCAUUACAGGUACUUUCGCUCAAAUUAUGCAUUCGUGUCUUUUCUGGAGAAUUCAUAUUAAAAUGUUUUUCGUGUGGCGUUCGGCUAAUUGUGCUGGGAUCUGAGCGGUAAUCUACCUAUAUGUCAUUCAGUCCAAUAGCAUGAAUAAUGUGCCAGUUACAUAUUUUUAAGUAAAAAGCCCGGUUCUCCUGUACGGAGGGAUAAUCCACCUAACAGGAUAUUCUCGUGGGAGUAUCCCUCUCGUACAGCAGCGCAUGGUGGGAGAAAUGUCCUGCAUGUUCAGUUCCCGUGUAGUCCCCUACUGUAUAACCCCUGCAAAGUGACUAAGGAAACCCCUUGCAUGGGGAAAUCACAUAAAUACUGGAGCCUGUGAAUAAAAACCUGAGUUGACUCCCAGAACUGUGUUUCGUCCGGUUACUGGAGGAUUUGGGAUAUUGCCUUCAUUUUCAGCGCUUUCCUUGGAUUAAUUUCUUUUACCAGUGGAGAUAUUGGGAUUUAAUAUUGCAGCUCCGCUAUAUACAGGGUGCACAUUGCCAUACUGCAGAGAUGGAAGGAUCCUUAUACAGGGUGCACAUUGCCAUGGUGCAGGGCUGGAAGGAUCCUUAUACAGGGUGCACAUUGCCAUGGUGCAGGGCUGGCAGGAUCCUUAUACAGGGUGCACAUUGCCAUGGUGCAGGGCUGGCAGGAUCCUUAUACAGGGUGCGCAAUGCCAUGCUGCAGUGAUGGAAGGAUCCUUAUACAGGGUGCACAUUGCCAUGGUGCAGGGCUGGCAGGAUCCUUAUACAGGGUGCACAUUGCCAUGGUGCAGGUCUGGCAGGAUCCUUAUACAGGGUGCGCAAUGCCAUGCUGCAGGACUGGAGAGAUCCUUAUACAGGGUGCACAUUGCCCUGGUGCAGGGCUGGCAGGAUCCUUAUACAGGGUGCGCAAUGCCAUGCUGCAGGGCUGGCAGGAUCCUUAUACAGGGUGCGCAAUGCCAUGCUGCAGGGCUGGAGAGAUCCUUAUACAGGGUGCGCAUUGCCAUGGUGCAGGGCUGGCAGGAUCCUUAUACAGGGUGCACAUUGCCAUGGUGCAGGGCUGGCAGGAUCCUUAUACAGGGUGCGCAAUGCCAUGCUGCAGGGCUGGAGAGAUCCUUAUACAGGGUGCGCAAUGCCAUGCUGCAGGGAAGGAGAGAUCCUUAUACAGGGUGCGCAUUGCCAUGCUACAGGGCUGGAAGGAUCCUUAUACAGGUAUUACUUGUAGACUUGCUGAGCCAGUUGGUAAAAUUCCAGGGAGAGAAUUACGGCGUUAAAUCUAAAUGUCUGCAAGGUUUGGCAAUGAUUGAUCAACAUCUGACAUAUUUUUGGGACUUUUAUUUAACUGCACUAAUUGUUUCUCUAUGUGGAAAAUUAUUAUAUCUUUAAUUCUAGUCCAUGGUUUUUAAAGGAUUGUCAAAAAAAAAAAAAGACCUCCCACCUAAACACCGCCUCUGGCGCUGGGAACAUCAUAUCAGCGAGUUUGAUUCCCACCAUGGUCCGAUAUAGUGGCCACUGACACUGCCGACUGACUAAUGGUUUUCCCUCUCCUACAUCCAGUUAUUUGGGUUUUGAUUGCAGUAAGAUUUUUGCAGUCAGACUGUAAGCCCAGCUUAUAAAUGACAGGGAACUGGCAAAUCUGCAGUAAUUUCCCCAAAAAUCAAUUCAUAGAACCUCUUAUUAAAAAAAUAAAAAAAUCCAAAAGAAUAGCCCAUGCUCUAGCUACGUGUAGAAUGCUCCAUCUGAAGUGUGACCAUUCAUGUUUAUACCAGAUUUUGCUUCUGAGUGAGGUUCAAGGCCAGUCUCUGCUGGGAGGGGGCUGUUAUUUGCAUUUUAAGUUCAUGGUCUGACCAUGGCUGAUGGUAUCUCUCCCUCCCCCACAGGUAUAGAUUACUGGAUUCCUGAGUGGGUGUCAUAUGAGGGGAGACGGGGUAUUGGCUGCAGCUGCUGGAGUAGUCUGUACAUUGCUCAUCUCUCCAGCAUUGUGUACCAUGGAUUCCUUGCUCCUGCAUGGAACAUUCUGGAGAGGUUACACUAUAUCUAGACAUUUAGUAGACAGAUUCUGUCCCUCCUGUGUCUCCAGUCAUUUUACACUCUGCCAGUUAUAUCACGUACGUUACCCAUUACACAGUGACCCCUGCACCAUGCAGCCAUCUCUCCGUAUUAUACAGUGACCCCUAACCUGCACCAUGCAGCCAUCUCUCCGUAUUACACAGUGACCCCUAACCUGCACCAUGCAGCCAUCUCUCCGUAUUACACAGUGACCCGGUACUGCACCAUGCAGCCAUCUCUCCGUAUUACACAGUGACCCAGUACUGCACCAUGCAGCCAUCUCUCCAUAUUACACAGUGACCCAGUACUGCACCAUGCAGCCAUCUCUCCAUAUUACACAGUGACCCAGUACUGCACCAUGCAGCCAUCUCUCCGUAUUACACAGUGACCCAGUACUGCACCAUGCAGCCAUCUCUCCAUAUUACACAGUGACCCAGUACUGCACCAUGCAGCCAUCUCUCCAUAUUACACAGUGACCCGGUACUGCACCAUGCAGCCAUCUCUCCAUAUUACACAGUGACCCAGUACUGCACCAUGCAGCCAUCUCUCCAUAUUACACAGUGACCCAGUACUGCACCAUGCAGCCAUCUCUCCAUAUUACACAGUGACCCAGUACUGCACCAUGCAGCCAUCUCUCCAUAUUACACAGUGACCCAGUACUGCACCAUGCAGCCAUCUCUCCGUAUUACACAGUGACCCAGUACUGCACCAUGCAGCCAUCUCUCCAUAUUACACAGUGACCCAGUACUGCACCAUGCAGCCAUCUCUCCAUAUUACACAGUGACCCAGUACUGCACCUAUCCCUAACACACGUAACUGCAUCUACAGAGUUUCACUCUCCGUUUCUUCACUUCAGGAGACAUGCUUACACAUUUAAUGUUUAGUUAACACCUUUAUUUCUCAAUGGGUUAAUUAAACAUUUUGCAAACAAUAUCUCUAACCAUAAAAAAAAAAUAAGUACGUAUAUAUCUCUAUCUCUCGAUAUCUGCACAAAUGUAGCUUCUAGGUAAAGUUAAAGUUCAAUUUUCAAGGUUCAAUUUUUUUUUAUCAGAUUCCUAAAUUACUUAUUCACCAGUGUGUAUUGCUAGUGAGUUACACCACGCCUGAUAAUUUACUGAAAAUAAAUAACAACGCUUAUAUAUAUAAAAAAAAGAUUUUUAAAUACAAAAUUAUUUAGGGUAAAGCUAAAGCUCUGACCCUCCCAAUCUUUAAUUGUAAAAGGAUUAUUUUAAUUUUAUAGGAUGGUGUUGGGUAGACUCUAAACUAAACCCCCAAACUUGCUUCUCACCUCCUAUUGCUGUGAGGAGGAGAGCUCGGGCUGCCGAUGGACAUACGGUAUUACGGAUUGUGUGAGAUUAUGCUGUUAGUGAUGAGGGAAGCUCGGGCUGCCGAUGGACAUACGGUAUUACGGAUUGUGUGAGAUUAUGCUGUGGGUGAGGAGGGAAGCUCGGGCUGCUGAUGGACAUACGGUAUUACGGAUUAUGUGUGUUUGUGGUGUAAGAUUAUGCUGUUAGUGAGGAGGAGAGCUCGGGCUGCCGAUGGACAUACGGUAUUACGGAUUGUGUGAGAUUAUGCUGUUAGUGAUGAGGGAAGCUCAGGGUGCCAAUGAACAUACGGUAUUACGGAUUAUGUGAGAUUAUGCUUUUAGUGAUGAGGGAAGCUCGGGCUGCCGAUGGACAUACGGUAUUACGGAUUGUGUGAGAUUAUGCUGUUAGUGAUGAGGGAAGCGGAGGCUGCCAAUGGACAUACGGUAUUACGGAUUGUGUGAGAUUAUGCUGUUAGUGAUGAGGGAAGCUCGGGCUGCCGAUGGACAUACGGUAUUACGGAUUGUGUGAGAUUAUGCUGUUAGUGAUGAGGGAAGCUCAGGCUGCCGAUGGACAUACGGUAUUACGGAUUGUGUGUGUUUGUGGUGUAAGGUUAUGCUGUUAGUGAUGAGGGAAGCUCGGGCUGCCGAUGGACAUACGGUAUUACGGAUUGUGUGAGAUUAUGCUGUUAGUAAUUAGGGAAGCUCGGGCUGCCGAUGGACAUACGGUAUUACGGAUUGUGUGAGAUUAUGCUGUUAGUAAUUAGGGAAGCUCGGGCUGCCGAUGGACAUUAUUAUUAUUAUUUAUAUAGCGCCAACAAAUUCCGUAGCACUGUACAAUGGGUGGACUAAAAGACACAUAAUUGAGAUCAGACCACUGACGUACAGGAACAGAGGGGGUUGAGGGCCCUGCUCGAUGAGCUUACAUGAUAGAGGGAGUGGGGUAUAGUGACACAAAAGGUUAAAGUAGGGGAAUUAAAUAGUUUGUUACAGAAGGGUUUAUUGAGUGCUUGGUAGGUCAUUUUUGACAGGUGAAGGAACGGAGUCAUGGGGUGGGGGAUGAGAAACCCGCUGACAGUUUAAUUGAUACGCUUUAAUAAAGAAGUGAGUUUUCAAAGAUUUUUUGAAGGAAUGGAGGCUGGGUGAAAGUCUGAUUGAGGAGGGAAGGGAGUUCCACAGAAUAGGUGCAGCCCUGGAGAAGUCUUGAAGGCGAGCAUCAGAGGUGGGGAUCCGGGCAGAGGAUAGGAGUAGGUCUUGGGCUGAGCUCAGGGGUCUCGACGGGACAUACUUGUGUAUGAGGGAGGAUAGGUAUGUUGGAGCAGCAUUAUGUAGGGAUUUGUAAGCAAGCGCCAGAAUUUUGAAUUGGGCCCUAUAUCUAACUGGAAGUCAAUGCAGGGACUGACAGAGCGUGGAGGCGUGGGAGGUGCGACCGGACAGGUAUUAUGGAUUGUGUGAGAUUAUGCUGUUAGUGAUGAGGGAAGCUCGGGCUGCCGAUGGACAUACGGUAUUACGGAUUGUGUGAGAUUAUGCUGUUAGUAAUGAGGGAAACUCGGGCUGCCGAUGGACAUACGGUAUUAUGGAUUGUGUGAGAUUAUGCUGUUAGUGAUAGGGAAGCUCGGGCUGCCGAUGGACAUACAGUAUUACGGAUUGUGUGAGAUUAUGCUGUUAGUGAUGAGGGAAGCUCAGGGUGCCGAUGGACAUACGGUAUUACGGAUUGUGUGAGAUUAUGCUGUUAGUGAUGAUGGAAGCUCGGGCUGCCGAUGGACAUACGGUAUUACGGAUUGUGUGAGAUUAUGCUGUUAGUGAUGAGGGAAGCUCGGGCUGCCGAUGGACAUACGGUAUUACGGAUUAUGUGUGUUUGUGGUGCAAGAUUAUGCUGUUAGUGAGGAGGGAAGCUCGGGCCGUCAUGGACAUACGUAUUACGGAUUGUGAGAGAGAUUAUGCUGUUAGUGAGGAGGGAAGCUCGGGCUACCGAUGGACAUACGGGUAUUACGGAUUGCGAGAUUAUGCUGUUAGUGAUGAGGGAAGCUCGGCCGCCGGCGGACACACGGUAUUACGGAUUGUGUGAGAUUAUGCUGUUAGUGAUGAGGAGAGCUCGGGCUGCCGAUGGACAUACGGUAUUACGGAUUGUGUGAGAUUAUGCUGUUAGUGAUGAGGGAAGCUCGGGCUGCCGAUGGACAUACGGUAUUACGGAUUGUGUGAGAUUAUGCUGUUAGUGAUGAGGGAAGCUCGGGCUGCCGAUGGACAUACGGUAUUACGGAUUGUGUGAGAUUAUGCUGUUAGUGAUGAGGGAAGCUCAGGGUGCCGAUGGACAUACGGUAUUACGGAUUGUGUGAGAUUAUGCUGUGGGUGAGGAGGGAAGCUCGGGCUGCUGAUGGACAUACGGUAUUACGGAUUAUGUGUGUUUGUGGUGUAAGAUUAUGCUGUUAGUGAGGAGGAGAGCUCGGGCUGCCGAUGGACAUACGGUAUUACGGAUUGUGUGAGAUUAUGCUGUUAGUGAUGAGGGAAGCUCAGGGUGCCAAUGAACAUACGGUAUUACGGAUUAUGUGAGAUUAUGCUUUUAGUGAUGAGGGAAGCUCGGGCUGCCGAUGGACAUACGGUAUUACGGAUUGUGUGAGAUUAUGCUGUUAGUGAUGAGAGAAGCUCGGGCUGCCGAUGGACAUACGGUAUUACGGAUUGUGUGAGAUUAUGCUGUUAGUGAUGAGGGAAGCUCAGGCUGCCAAUGGACAUACGGUAUUACGGAUUGUGUGAGAUUAUGCUGUUAGUGAUGAGGGAAGCUCGGGCUGCCGAUGGACAUACGGUAUUACGGAUUGUGUGAGAUUAUGCUGUUAGUGAUGAGGGAAGCUCGGGCUGCCGAUGGACAUACGGUAUUACGGAUUGUGUGAGAUUAUGCUGUUAGUGAUGAGGGAAGCUCAGGCUGCCAAUGGACAUACGGUAUUACGGAUUGUGUGAGAUUAUGCUGUUAGUGAUGAGGGAAGCUCGGGCUGCCGAUGGACAUACGGUAUUACGGAUUGUGUGAGAUUAUGCUGUUAGUAAUGAGGGAAACUCGGGCUGCCGAUGGACAUACGGUAUUAUGGAUUGUGUGAGAUUAUGCUGUUAGUGAUAGGGAAGCUGAGGCUGCCGAUGGACAUACGGUAUUACGGAUUGUGUGAGAUUAUGCUGUUAGUGAUGAGGGAAGCUCGGGCUGCCGAUGGACAUACGGUAUUACGGAUUGUGUGAGAUUAUGCUGUUAGUGAGGAGGGAAGCUCAGGCUGCCUAUGGACAUACAGUAUUACGGAUUGUGUGAGAUUAUGCUGUUAGUGAUGAGAGAAGCUCGGGCUGCCGAUGGACAUACGGUAUUACGGAUUGUGUGAGAUUAUGCUGUUAGUGAGGAGGGAAGCUCAGGCUGCCUAUGGACAUACAGUAUUAUGGAUUGUGUGAGAUUAUGCUGUUAGUGAUGAGGGAAGCGGAGGCUGCCAAUGGACAUACGGUAUUACGGAUUAUGUGUGUUUGUGGUGUAAGAUUAUGCUGUUAGUGAUGAGGGAAGCUCGGGCUGCCGAUGGACAUACGGUAUUACGGAUUGUGUGAGAUUAUGCUGUUAGUGAGGAGGGAAGCUCAGGCUGCCUAUGGACAUACAGUAUUAUGGAUUGUGUGAGAUUAUGCUGUUAGUGAUGAGGGAAGCGGAGGCUGCCAAUGGACAUACGGUAUUACGGAUUAUGUGUGUUUGUGGUGUAAGAUUAUGCUGUUAGUGAGGAGGGAAACUCGGGCUGCCGAUGUACAUACGGUUUAACGGAUUGUGUGAGAUUAUGCGGUCAGUGAGGAGGGAAGCUCGGGCUGCUGAUGGACAUACGGUAUUACGGAUUGUUUGUGGUGUGAGGAGGGAAGCUCGGGCUGAUGAUGUACAUACGGUGUUACAGAUUGUGUGUGUUUGUGGUGUGAGAGUAUGCUGUCAGUGAGGAGGGAAGCUCGGGCUGAUGAUGUACAUAUAGUAUUACGUAUUGUGAGAUUAUGCUGUGAGCGAGGAUGAAAGCUCAGGCUGCCGCUGGACAUACGGUAUUACGGAUUGUGUGUGUUUGUGGGUGUGUAGCGGAGCUCCAAUACCACACAUAGGUAUCGCCGCUAUUCCUUCCUCGAAGCUGAAAGAAGCACUGCAAUAAUCCAAGAUUAUUAACUAGACGACACAUAGUUCUGGGAGUCAACUUAAAAUUUUUGCCACUCACGGCUUUUGGGGUCUCCACAUCAAAACUACAAGGGCUUUCCUCCCAGGAGCCUCUGUUUCUUAAAGAGAUAAUUGAGUGGGAAAACUGUAACUCAAUUAUCUCUGAUACAGGAAAAAAUACACAAUAUUACAAUUUACUCAAAAAUUAAUUUUAAUAACGUAGGAACCGCACGAAAGACAUACCACUUUGUCGAAAUAGCACUUAGAUCCCUUUGGUGGUUCGGGAAUGCCAUUCCAAGUUUUGACAAGUCGGCCACAAGGUGAUGCUUUGUUUUAUAUGGAACAGUUUUGGGGCAACGACCAGUCAUCUUUCGGGUGUUCUCAUACGAACACCGAUGAAUGCUCCCCCUGGUUAGCUGAAAAGAGACUUACGUCCAUCAAGUUCAGCCUUCCUCACGUAUGUUUUUGCUGUUGAUCCAAAAGAAGGCAAAAAACCCAGUCUGAAGCGCUUCCAAUUUUGCAAGAAACUAGGAAAAAAUUCCUUCUUGACCCCAAAAUAGCAUUUCUUGCAAAAUGAGAUGUCUCCUUGGAUCAAGCAGCUAUUACCCUACUAAUUAGAAAUUAUAUCCCUGUGUGUUAUGUUUUUGCAAGUAUUUAUCUAAUUUCAGUUUAAACAUCUGUAAAACCACCUCUUCAGGUAGAGAAUUCCAUAUCCUUAUUGCUCUUACUGUAAAAAAAAACCUUUUCUUUGCCUUAGGUGAAAUCUCCUUUCUUCCAGCCUAAAUGUGUGACCUCGUGUCCUAUGUAUAGCCCUGUUUAUGAAUAGAUUUCCAGAUAAAGGUUUGUACUGGCCCCGAAUAUAUUUGUAUAAAGUUAUCAUAUCCCCUCUCAGGCGCCGUUUUUCCAAACUAAAGAGAUUUACAUUUUUUUAACCUUUCUUCAUAACUGAAAUGCUCCAUUCCUUUUAUCAAUUUUGUAGCUCGUCUCUGCACUCUUUCUAGUGCCAUGAUAUCUUUCUUUAGAACAGGUGCCCAAAAUUGCACAGCAUAUUCAAUGUGUGGUCUUACCAGCGAUUUUAUAAAGAGGCAAAAUUAUAUUUUCAUCCCAAGAAUUUAUGCCCCUGUUUAUACAUGACAAAACCAUACUGGCCUUAGCAACUGCAGAUUGACAUUGCAUAUUGCUGCCUAAUUUGUUGUCUAUAACAAUUCCCAAAUCCUUCUCGUUUGUAGUUCACUACCAUUUAGGGUGUAAAUUGCUUGUCCAUUCUUAACCCCGAAGUGCAUAACUUUGCAUUUUUCUACAUUAAAUUUCAUCUGCCAUUUUAGUGCCCAGUCUCCCAAUCUAUCCAAAUCCCUCUGCAGCAAAGCAAUAUCCUGCUCACAUUUUAUUACUUUACAAAGUUUUGUGUCAUCUGCAAACACUGAUACGUGGCUUUCAAUGCCCAUUUCAAGAUCAUUUAUAAAUAUGUUAAAUAGAAGCGGUCCCUAAACAGAACCCUGAGGUACACCACUAACCACUUUUGUCCAGCUUGAAAUUUUACCAUUAAUGACAACUCGUUGUACUCUAUCCUUAAGCCAAUGUUCUACCCAAGAACAAGAAUAUUCAUCUAGGCCAAUUUCUUUUAGCUUGAAGACUAACCUAUUGUGAGGAACCGUAUCAAAUGCCGUGGCAAAAUCUAUGUAGAUCACAUCCACUGCAACACCCUGAUCUAUACUUCUACUUACUUCUUCGUAGAAUGCAAUUAGGUUAGUUUGACAUGACCUGUACUUCAAAAAAACCAUGCUGAUUAUUGCUAAUAACACAGUUCUUCCCAAUGAUUUCCUGAAUAUUAUCCCUUAAAGGGAAACUCCAGUGCCAGGAAAACAAUCCGUUUUCCUGGCACUGCAGGUCCCCUCCCAUUCCCCGGUCGCUGCUUCCUCCUCCCCCGCCGCUCCUCCUUCUGACUGCGUCGUCCGGUGGGCGAGACUGAUCCCGCCCACCGGCCGGGGAGACCUAAUGCAUGCGCAUUAGCGCUCCCCAUAGGAAAGCAUUGAAAAUGCAUUUCAAUGCUUUCCUAUGGGGAAAUGAGCGAUGCUGGAGGUCCUCACACAGCGUGAGGACCUCCAGCGACGCUCUAGCACAGGUUUCCUGUGCUAGAAACCAGGAAGUGCCCUCUAGUGGCUGUCGAGACAGCCACUAGAGCUGGCGUUAACCCUGCAAGGUAAUUAUUGCAGUUUAUAAAAAAACAGCAAUAAUUAUACUUGCAGGGUUAAGAGUAGUGUGAGUUGGCACCCAGACCACUCCAAUGGGCAGAAGUGGUCUGGGUGCCUGGAGUGUCCCUUUAAUAGCCGUUCAAAUAAUUUCCCAGUCACAGAAGUUAAGCUCACAGGUCUAUAAUUUCCAGGCAAGGAUUUUGAACCCUUUUUAAAUAUAAGAACAACAUUUGCCUUCCUCCAAUCCUCCGGUACAAUACCUGAAACAAAAGAAUCUUGAAAAAUUAAAUACAGAGGUUCACUUGUUUCCCCACUUAGCUCCUUAAGUACUCGUGGGUGGAUACCGUCAGGCCCCGGAGCUUUAUUUACAUUAAUUUUCUCUAACAGCUGUAGCACCUUGUCUCGAGUUAUCCAAUUACAAGUUAUCGGCAACUUUUUUGCAGUAAUCAUUUGCAUAUCUCUUGCCAUAGGAUCCUCAUUAAUAUAUACUGAAGAAAAAUAGUUAUUUAAAAUCUCCUCUGCCUUUUCCUGGUCUUCAUUAGCUAAUAAACCCAACUCUGUUUUCGGUGUACCUACACUUUCAUUUUUUGUUUUUAGAGUUGAUGUACUUGAAAAUAUUUUGGGGUUGGUUUUGCAUUCUUUGGCUGUCAAUUUCUCAUUUUCUAGUUUAGCCACUUUAAUUGCCUUUUUGCAAGUAUUAUUGGCUCCCUUAUAUCUUAAAUAGGAUGCCUCUGAUUUGUCAGAUUUUAAAUGCUUUUUCUUAGUUUUAAUCUCUUGUUUUACUUCUCUACUAAGCCACAUUGGUUUUAAUUUGUUUCUUUUAUAUUUAUUACCCAAUGGUACAUAUUGAGUAAUGUACCUUUCUAAUAUUUGUUUGAAUAGUUUCCAUUUAUCCUCAGUGUUUUUAUCACUAAGGAGUUUAUGCCAGUCGAUAUGUUGUAGAACUGCCCUAAUCUUAAUGAAAUUGGCUUUUUUUUAAAUUAUAUGUUUUAGUAUACCCCACUUGCUUUUGCUUUUUUGAGUUUAUUUCAAAAUUUACCAUAUUGUGAUCACUGUUUCCCAAAUGCUCCCCUACUUGAAUGUUGGUUAAAAGAUCAACAUUGUUUGUUAUGACAAGAUCCAGACAAGCAUCCUUUCUAGUUGGUGCUUGUACCAGUUGUGACAUAAAGGUGUCAUUUAACACAUUCAAAAACCAGAUUCUCCUUGCUGAAGUACUAGUCCCUCUAUCCCAAUUUAUGUCCGAGUAAUUAAAAUCUACAAUCAUUAACGUGUUACCCCAAUUUGCAGCUUUCCCAAUUUGCAGUUCUUCCUCAUUAAUAUUUACAUUUGGUGGUUUAUAACAUAUCCCAACCAGUUAGGGAGCAAAUGCUCCCCCUGUUUGGUAGUUCAUGCCUCCCGAACGCCUUUCUUAUAACUGUUCGGGAGGUUGGAUGAGCAGCGGUGCUAGUUUCCUGGGUGUUCGCAGGGUUGCAUUUCCGUGGUAUAGUUACAUGUUGUCGACAACCAUGUACCACUGCCUGCGUUCGUGAGACAAAAUAUAUAAUAUACACUGAAAAGUCUCCAUUCGUGUAUUUGGUAGAUCUGGUUCGGUAACAGAACAGCCGCACGAACCGUAGACCACCCUGGAGCUUGUUAAGCCUAAUUACUACUUUGUAGCAAUUUCCACCGCAGUGUUCCAAGUGUUCGUUUGGGUGGCCGCAUUUCUUAUGGAUGACCACGAGGUUGCGGCCAUCUUGUUCGCAUGAAUACAGGCAACGGUGGUCGUCGAGCUCGUGGAACUAUUUACACUGAAAUUCACAAACAUUGCUGGACUUCCAUGAUCGCUUGUGUUUGGUUUUCUAACACUUAGGAAGACACCGUUCGAUGGAAACGUUCCCAUGAACAAGGGGGACAAGCUCCAGGGUAAGAAUAUUGACUAUGUUCGGUAGUUUGUUCGGUUUUAAACUACCGAAUUAGACCGACCGCUAGCCCUGAUUUUAUGGAACAGUUUUGGGCAGGAGCCUCGUGUGCGGUCGGUCAAAUUAAGACUUCCAGGAAAUUCCCGAACCCCCUGAACUGAUCUGGGUGAUUUUUGGAUAUGUUGGUCACCCAGAUCGGGGCUAUCGGGGGAUAUAACUUGUGUGGGGUUUUUAUGUCCUUUUAAAGGUACUUUUGGGGGUGUUUGUGAAAUGUGUGUUUUUGUGCCUGGAGAUAAUUGAGUUUUGUACAGUUCCUGACUCAAUUAUCUCCCAGGUAUAGGGGAGUGAUUACCCUGUUUUUCUGUGGGAGUGUCAUUGGUGUGCUUGUCUGUGUUCAGAAAUGUAUAAAAGCAAGCUGUGACGGAACGCUGGCACUCCGACUGAGUACCUCCGCCAAUCGAUGCGCCUAGUGCUCGCUGAGGACUCCAAGCACUCCACCCGACACAAUCAGCACUGCAGACCCCACUUCCAGCGAUACAGCUGCGCCGGGGUCUCGCCCUCUCCACCCACCCUGGAUCCACGACCAGGAUCCAGCUCCCAGUGGGUAAACCUCUCCUAAAUCCAGAGAGCGUAGCAGGAACAAAUCAAGCUUUUGCAUGAAUUUACUCUGGGGAGUAAGUGAUUAUAGCAAUCCCCAGAGUGUAGUUUUCCAAUCCACCAAACAUGAGCCAAGGCUUAAUGCUGGAUAAGACUUUACUGGAAGUAACAACACAGGUAUUCAAGCUACAGUUUCUUUUAUGCCCUGCUCCCAUACAGGGGAGGGACACACACGUUAUCUACAGUAGCCAAUAAAACAGAGGUUACAGCCCACACAAAAUCCUCCCCUCUGCCUGUGAUUCAAUUAUCUUAUACAAUAGAAGAUCAAUUAUCACAGGUAGGAAAAAUACAGUUUUUUUACAGCAUAUUCAUAACUUCUAAAAUACACCUCACAUUCACAUAAAAAUCAUAUAUUCACAAUCAAUCCAUUCAGGGAAACAACAUAUCAAAAAAUGGCAUGAAUCAGACCAGGGGUUCAGAAGUUAGUAAAGUAUCUUUUGGGGCCUGGCUGGCAGCAUGGCUAUCUGGCCCAAACUGGUUUUACAGAGCCCUCUAUCCUGGAGACAAUGGGGAACAUAAUCCAAUUAUAUCCAGGGAUAGAGGCAGACUCUAUUGAGCACAUGUUCCCAGUAAAACACAAAAGGAUACAAAAAUACAUAACUCCUAUCAUACUGAAUUGAACGGGCCAAAUCUCCCAGGGUCCAUAGUCACAGGGCAAGAGGCGGGCAAGCAGUCCUCUCAAGGCACAAGUGGCAAAGGGCACUUUGUCACAGUAAUAAAUCCAUGAAUAAAGUAGCAGGGAGGGAAAGUAACGAAUGAAUGGAGGGGGAUUCUUCACACAAGCCAUCUGGCCAGAUUAAAGGACCACUCUAGGCACCCAGACCACUUCAGCUUAAUGAGGUGGUCUGGGUGCCUGGUCCAGCUAGGGUUAACCCAUUUUUUCAUAAACAUAGCAGUUUCAGAGAAACUGCUAUGUUUAUGAAUGGGUUAAGCCUUCCCCUAUUUCCUCUAGCAGCUGUCUCAUUGACAGUCAAUAGAGGCGCUUGCAUGCUUCUCACUGUGAAAAUCACAGUGAGAGCACACAAGCGUUUAUAGGAAAGCAUUGAUAAUGCUUUCCUAUGUGACCGGCUGAAUGCGCACAGCUCUUGCCGCGCGUGCGCAUUCAGCCGACUGGGAGGAGAAGAGGAGGAGAGCUCCCCGCCCAGCGCUGGGGGAGUAUGCUCCCCUUCCAGAGCCGGGGAGUAUGUUUUCCUGGCACUAUAGUGGUCCUUUAAAGGUACUCCCAGAACUACGUGUCGUCUGGGUACUGGGAGAGGAUAGGGCUGAUCACUGUUCCAGUGUGGCGAAUUCAAAGGGGAACGUCCUUGUAAGGACUAGAGCUCCCAGGACUGAGUGUCGUCCAGUGCCUGGGGGUUGCUAGAGCGAGUUCCCCAUUCGGCUCCAGGAGGGAGCGCCUCCAAGACACCAGUCAAACCAUGGCGUCUGUGGACAGAAGUGCUGCGGUUUGCCAAGGGUACAGGGAGCUCCGUUACAGGUGAGAACAAGGGGACCACAAUGAGUUGGUUCGGUAAAUGAACGGACAGCCGUACAACCAGGAAUAAACGUGUAUUAAGGCAUCCAUUCUGCUACACUGUGUGUUUGUGGUGUGAGAUUAUGCUGUCCGUGAGGAGGGAAGCUUGGGCUGCCGAUGGACAUAUGUAUUGGUUGUGUUUGUGGGUGAGGAGGGAAGCUCAGGUUAAUGGAUACCGUAUGUUUUAUGUAUUGUGUGUGUGUGUGUGCUUGUGGGUGAGAUUAUGCUGUCAGUGAUGACGUACCAGGAGGCUAUCAGAAGUGGCUGAUUAUUGGUUGCUAUUCUGGAAAUUGAUUUUUAUUUUGUUCACGGUUUUUUAGCGGUUUCCGUUAGCAUGUCCCAUUCCCACUCACUGAGCUCUCCUGUGUUUAUCAGGCAGGUACUGGGCAGAAAUCUCCGACACCAUCCUCUCAGGAACUUUCCGGCAAUGGAAGGAAGGAACAACGAAGAGUGAGAUCUUUUACCCAGGUAGGAUAUGGAGAAAGUGGAUCUUUUUGAAUUCUGAGCUUAAAAUGACACAUUCUUUAUGAAUGAAUGACGUGUGUGUGUGUAUGUGUGUGUGUGUGUAUAUAUAUAUAUAUAUAUAUAUAUAUAUAUAUAUAUAUAUAUAUAUAUAUAUAUAUAUAUAUAUAUAUAUAUAUAUAUAUAAUCUGUGUAUUGAUCACAGCUUCAUGUAAAGCACAGGCAGGGCAAACACAUUACAAUGGACGCUGCAGGAGUAGUUUUUACUUUGUACUUUUCUUUCAUCCAUUUGAUCUGAUAAUGUACAGUUCAUGUUUGGUGGGUCUGCCGCACUUGUGGAUGGCGCACGCAUGCUGCAUGCUUAACUUGAGUCUGUGUGCGCAUGUUCUAAGUCCUCUCUGCUGAGGGUGAGGAUUGUCUGUGUAACGGAUCACCUGGCACCCAGACUGGGUACCUCUGUUGAAGGAUGCUCCUAGCGCUUCCUAAGGACUCCAAGCACUGCAGCAGACACCAUAACCACUGUAGACUCCUCCAGAGAGCAAAACAAGAGCUUAGCAGUGAAUAUAGCAAGAGAGUAUGCAGAGCAUAGCAAUCCCUUGUAGCACAUUCCCCCAAUAAGAGACUACACUCCAAAUUGAGGGUGAAGUAGAACUGUCUGUACACAAUGGUCUAAUGUAAUUAUCACAGGCAGGAAAAUACAGUUUUACACAAUAUUCAUAACUCUAAAAGCAUCACAUUCACAUAAAACAUAAUUACAUUUUCAGAAUUAGCAUACUCCAAAUACAAACAUACGUCAAAAUCAUACAAAUUGGUCCAGUGGGUCAAAAGUUAGUUGAAAGUCCCUUUGUGACUGCCUGCAAGCAUGGCUUGGGUGUGGUAAGCCAAUUACCUCCAGCAUACAGAAAAUGGCUCUAUUCACAACAACUGUAAAAACACAUAAAAAUACAUAAUUCCUAUUAUACUUAACAGAACCCCCACAUACAACCUAUCCCCAGAUAGCUUGGAUCUGAGCGCUCACUAUAUCCGAACAGUGCUCAGAUACCACAACCACAGUCAAAUCGCCAUGGGGUUAAAACACAGCAACAAGUUCCAACUGGCCUGGCAGUGUCCCUGGGACAAUGCCCUGCUGGAGAACAAUAGACAGGAAACGGGGGGAGGGCACACCUUCUCAUGUAUUCAAAGCGGCAGAAAAAGUGUUUCAAAAUCCAAUACGCCCAAAUAAUGUCUUUAAAGGGCAAUACAUCCCAGGGGCCAAUGUCACAUGGCAGGAGGCUGGCAAUCAGUCUUCCCCAAUGCCCAGGGGCGAGGUCGGUUUCACCACAGUCUGCACUAUAAACUGUGACUGAGAUGGAUCCUUCACUAACUACAAUAAAGUCAUGAAAUGUUUGUUGUACUCCAUGUAUCUGGGAGCUGUGUGUAAGAAUGAAUGUGGAAGGUGCGUUGAAUGAACGCCCCCGCCCCCCCUCCAUUGAGCUUUCACUGGCAUCUGAUGUGUUCAAGAAAUCAAUAAAUGCUCACAGCAGCCGAGUGUCCUAGAAAGAAGCAGACUAGUAUUCACGCACAAUAAGAAUAUUUUCAAAUCCAUAAAUUUAAUGUAAGUGUUGGCUCUUCCCUGUAACCUAGACAAUACACAGAAUCCGUAGCUCUGGGUAGAUUAACUCCCAGGCUAGCGCCUGAUGUGGGGGCAGGACGGUGUGCUCUGCGCUUUGCUUCUUGUAUUUCAUUAACGGAGUUGCUCAUCUACACAAAGUAGGUUUUCUCUCCCUCUUUAGAUGACCCAGUCAUACAGCUCCUGACUCCCUUUCCCCCCCGCCCCCUUUAGUUGUUUAGCUUAGUUGAGGCAGCAUUGCCAAGAGCACCAGCCUUUCCACUCCUCCCUAAAUCUUAGUAAAGCGGAGGAUCGGGAAUUUUUUUUUUAUUAUUUUUUUUUUUACUAAUUAUGAGCACUUUUGGACAUGGUUUCCCUUUAACAAGUUAUGUGCAGUGAUAUUCACUCAAUUAUAUUUCUCGUCUGUGUCCUGUUUAUCACUUGCUGUGCCCUCCUUCUUUAUUGCUAUUUCCUUAUUAGCAUUUAUAUAGUGCCAUCAUAUGCUGCAGCGCUGUACAUUUAUAGAAAGGUGAAGGCCCUGCUCAGCAAGCUUGUAACCGAUAGUGACACUUCUUCCUCUCCCACAAAUCAUUUGCUCAUUCCUUGUUCAUUUUUCUCUGCAGGAGACACCAUUGUCCACGAGGUCGGCGAAGCCACGUCUGUGCAGUGGAGUGCUGGAACUUGGAUGGUGGAGUACGGCCGUGGAUUCAUACCUUCCACCUUGGGUUUUGCUCUGGCUGACACCCUUUUCAGCACCCAGGAUUUUUUAACCUUGUUCUACACAAUCCGGGUGUACACCAAGGGGCUUCUGCUGGAGACCCAGACCUAUCUGUCAGAGCUGGGCUUUUUUUAA